AUGUCAGCAAAUGAUAAGUACUGGUUGAAACAUUAUUUUGGGGAAUCGACGAAAGUAGCAUAUUAUGGAGUGAGCUUUAACCCUUAUGAUUCAUACGAUGAAACUGUCUUUGCCACUGUAGGAGGAAGAAGCGUUAUAAUUGCUCAAUUUGACGAUACCAAGCCUUUAGCGCUCGAGGUGUUACAAACAUAUGUGGAUGAAAACACGGAAGAAAAUUUUUAUUGUUGCGCAUGGUCCUUUGAUCCAAACACUGGAGCGCCUUGGCUUGCUGUUACUGGAGCACAGGGUAUUAUUAAAAUCAUAGAUUCUAGUACCGGCACUGUCGUACGGGAGAUAAAUGAGAUUAAAUUUCACCCAAGAAAACCUUCGUUAUUAUUCUCGGCGAGUAAAGACUUUUCUGUACGAUUAUGGAAUGUAAUGACUUGUAUGCCUAUUGUUGUUUUUGGUGGUGAAUGUGGCCAUCGUGAACCUGUCUUGAGCAUUGAUGUACAUUUAUCUGGAGAUUUCCUGGCUUCUUCUGGAAUGGAUCAUGCUGUUAAAAUAUGGUCUCUAUGUACACCGGUAGUCAAAAAUACCAUUGAAUCAUCGUUAAAACCUACUCCACCUUCCCGUCCUCAUCAGUCAUCAUCUAGACAACAAACAUGUUGUAGAUCACAUGGAAAGCCAUCAACUCCUGUAUUUGUACAUUUUCCUAUUUUUUCAACAGCCCAAUUACACAAUAACUAUGUUGAUUGUGUAAGAUGGUACGGUGACUUGUUAUUUUCAAGAUGUGCGGCAAACGCGAUUAUCGUUUUAUGGAAGCCCAAUGUCGAUUUGAUAGCGAAUGAUAAUUCUAAUGUGACAACUACCAUUGUUGGCGGUCCUGCUAAACAAUCAUCAAGUUAUGAUAUAAUUUGUGAAUUUGAAUUUGAUCAUUGUGACAUUUGGUUUCUCAGAUUUGGUAUUUCUCCUGAUUAUCAACAACUCGCAACAGGAAAUCAAACUGGGCAAAUAUUUUUAUGGGAUUUACAAGAUAUUCCAUUACUUAUUGAUAAAUAUAUAGAUAAAAAAAAAUCAAAAAAUAUAGGAACUAAUAAAAAGGAAAAAGUUGCUGUGAAAAAGAAAGGUGGAAAUGGGUCAAAUGGUGGAAACAAUAAAAAAUCUUCGACGAAUGCAAACUCUCAUGUUUCUGAUUCUAACGGUGGUGCUUCUAGUUCAAAUAAUGAUGCUAGUGAUAAUUCGAAGCAUGAAAAAAUCGAAAAGAAAGAAUGUAAACCAUCGAUAUUGGGAAUAGAACCAUGUGAUAGUACAAUAAGACAAAUUGCAUUUUCAAAGGAUAGAAAUUGGAUGGUUGCAGUAUGCGAUGAUACGACUAUUUGGUGUUGGAAAAUGAAUAGAGAUGCUCAACAAGCUGGAUGUAGUAGAUACGAUCCAAUGAUUAUAGAUAACUAA